AUGAAGUUUGAGAAGAUGUCAAAGCCCAGCGAGGGCGUCAUCCGCAACGUUUCCAGGUUUCUUUACCAGGCUGAGGCCUUGUUUGGCGGGAUCAUCCUCGGUAUCGUCAGCUGGUACCUUGCCCACUGGAAAGACACCGAAAAGUACCCCGGCGCACGUCUCUGUUUUACGGAAAUCUUCGCUGGCUUUGCCAUCAUCUACGGAAGCAUUGCGAUUUGGACCUACAAUUGGUUCCCCGUCUGCUUUGCAGUAAUCGACUCCGUCCUCAGCCUGGCUUUCUUCUCCGCGUUCGGCGCCCUGAUUGAGUGGGACUGCAACAAGAACUGGGUCGGCUGGGAAGAGCAUGUCGGCAAGGGCUAUAAGGCCUGCUGGAAGACCACCGAGGCCUUUGCCUUCAUUGUCGCCUUCUUCUUCCUGGUCAGCACCGUCUUCGCCAUCAUGACAACGUCCGCUACCACUGAGCACCACCUCCACAUGACGAUGCACAGAAAAGCCAGCGGGACCAGCAGCACUGCCGAAACCCAAGUCUAG